UGCAGACUGAUAGCAACGCCCUGGUGUCGUAGUAUAAAACCUUCAAUGGCAAUAAUGAUUCAGAGGUCAAUCACUUCCUCCUUCCUCGUUGAAAUCAAGAACCCGAGCAACAAAUUUCCACUCCACUACCUUUAUAAAAUUGGCCCACGAAGUUUUUGCUGCAGCUUCAAUCUCAGCAAACCCAAAAAGCAUCCCAUAUACAAGUGUUCUUUCACAGUCUCGUCAUCUCUGGACAAAGAAGCUCAAACAUUAAUCCAACAAUUCAACCCCCAAAUCCCGAUAGAGGAAGCUCUGACCCCACCUAGCUCUUGGUACACUGAUCCUUCUUUUCACUCUCUUGAACUCCAACAAGUCUUCUACAGAGGGUGGCAGGCCGUUGGAUAUACUCAGCAGAUUAAAGAUCCCCACCAGUAUUUCACUGGCAGAUUGGGAAAUGUUGAAUAUGUGGUGUGCCGGGAUGGUAAUGGAAAGUUACAUGCAUUUCACAAUGUUUGUCGACAUCAUGCCUCGCUUCUUGCGUCUGGAAGUGGGCAGAAAUCUUGUUUUGUUUGCCCAUAUCAUGGGUGGACAUAUGGUUUGGAUGGUACACUCCUCAAGGCAAAUAGAAUAUCAGGAAUCAAAAACUUCAGAGUACAUGAAAUGGGACUUGUUCCUUUGAGAGUGGCAAUAUGGGGACCUUUUGUGCUUCUCAACUUUGAGACUGAAAAUCUGCUUCAGCAAGAAUCUCAGAGCAACAUUGUCGGGGAUGAAUGGCUGGGCAGUUCAUCAGAGUUACUGAGCACCAGAAUAAAUGACUCUUCUCUGAAGUUUCUUUGCCGACAUGAAUAUACCAUUAAUUGCAACUGGAAAGUUUUCUGUGACAACUACUUAGAUGGGGGAUAUCACGUACCAUAUGCUCAUAAAGGCCUUGCAUCUGGUCUUAAGCUCGAGUCAUACUCCAGCAUAGUAUAUGAAAAAGUUAGCAUCCAAAAAUGUGAUGGUGAUGCCACAGAAAGUGCACCAGACUUCGAUCGACUUGGCUCAAAAGCUCUAUAUGCUUUCAUAUAUCCAAACUUCAUGGUUAAUAGGUAUGGACCUUGGAUGGACACCAAUCUGGUUGUACCAUUGGGGCCUCGGAAAUGUCAAGUGAUAUUUGAUUACUUUCUUGAUACAUCUCUUAAGGAUGACCAUGAUUUUGUAGAAAGAAGCUUAAAAGAGAGUGAGAAAGUUCAGGUGGAAGACAUUAUAUUGUGUGAAUCCGUCCAGAGAGGCAUUGAGUCGCCGGCAUACUGCUGUGGCCGAUAUGCUCCUACUGUUGAGAAACCCAUGCAUCAUUUUCAUUGUUUGCUCUACGAAAAUCUUUGCAACUAGAAGGCUCUAUUUCAGAUUGGCGACUGUUAUUAUCAACAGACCAUUUUGAAGUCUCGUGCAGAACAUGGAGAAAAAAGCAUGCAGUGUAAAAAGUUUAAAUGAAAUGUUUAUGAUGAUAUGGUACAGGCGAUGAAUCUAAUGAUCACUGCCAAUGUA